UGUUGUUUAUAGUUUCUGCUUCUGUUGGUACAGUUGCUUUGACCUACAKAGGAGUUAUUUACAAGAGAAAACCAUGUUAGCAACUUAGGGCGACAGAUUUUUUUUUUUUUACAUGGAAGAGCUAUUAAGAUUGUGAAAGAUGCCUCCAAAGAAAAGAGCCCGAGUGAAUAAAGGAGCAGAAAGUUCAGUCAAACACGAUGACCUGAGCAGAACCUCUACAGCUGCAGGUUCUGAUGGUUCUGAGUCGGCCGGUCCUCCGGUGUACAGCCACUGGUUGAUGAAGUCAGAGCCCGAGAGCCGCUUUGAGAACGGGGUUGAUGUGAAGUUCGGCAUUGAGGACCUGAAGGCUCUGCCCGAUCAGACSGGCUGCUGGGACGGAGUCCGCAACUAUCAGGCCCGUAAUUUCCUUCGGCAGAUGAAGGCGGGGCAGCUGGCCUUCUUUUAUCACAGCAACUGCAAAGAGCCGGGCAUCGCAGGGAUCAUGACCAUCGUGAAGGAAGCCUACGUGGACCACACCCAGUUCGACAGGAAGGACGUCCACUAUGACGCAACCAGCAAAGCGGACAACCCCAAGUGGAGCAUGGUCGAUGUAAGGUUUCAAAGAAUGAUGAAGCGUUUUCUUCCUCUGUCGGAGCUGAAGGAACACUACCUGCAGCAUCGCAGCGACGGCGGGCCUUUAAAGGACGUGGCCUUGUUUACCCGAGCCAGGCUCUCCGUUCAGCCCCUGACCUCCGAACAGUUUGAUUUUAUCCUGAGUCUGGAGGACGAGGGGCCGCGGUGAAGAUGUUUCACGGUGUCUAAAGUAUCUUCAGCUCAGUUGUUUAAGAGCAUAUAGUGUCUUUUUUAUUUUUGAAGUAUUAAAAGUGUUUUUUUUGUGGAUUCUAA